GCAUACUGACGUUUCAUCAGCAGUCACGUACUGAGAGAAAGGAACAGAGCCUAUUAUUGUAUACUUCACAACACCUUGGGCAGGCACCGCAGUUACAAGUCCAUCUUAUUGAAUCCUUUACAACAUCUACUGUAGAACUUUCAAAGUCUAGUCCUGCUGCAGCAUGUUUAAUGUUUGGCAUUUUGUCACAAGAAAGAUCCGCACUGCACGUAUGUAAUUUGCAGAACUGCUUUCAAAGACCGAUUUUAAUACCCUGAUGUGACAUUUCCCCCUUUGGAAUGAUGUGGACCUUUCAUGACUGUGUUGGAUUUGUCUUAUUUUCUAGUUUAUGUAUUCAUCUUGGGUUCUCCCUGCAAGGAAAAUUUACUGAACAGCCUUCAAAUAUUACAGCAAAGGAAGGUCAAAAUGUAGAGAUGGCAUGUGCCUUUCAGAGUGGAUUGUCCUCAGUCUACUUGGAGAUUCAGUGGUGGUUUAUAAAAACUCCUGAGGAACAAAACAGCGAAGAAGUAACUGGGACGCAGGUGAAAUUAAAUCCAGGAAGUGAUCCAGAUGACGAGGGGACUAAAAUAAGUACAGUAAGGGUUCAAGGAAAUGACAUUUCCCACAAGCUACAGAUUUCCAAAGUAGGAAAACAAGAUGAAGGUUUGUAUGAAUGCAGAGUAACUGAUGCCAACUAUGAGGCACUCCGGGAAUACAAGGCUCAAGCGUAUCUUCAAGUGAACAGCACAAAUCGCCUACGAAACCAGCCAGUCAAGAAGACGGAACCUUUGCCUCUGACAGAUAAAAAGCCAAGAAAAAUGAAUAUGUCAGCUGCAGCUGAUAAUGGAGUGAGUUCUGAGAACCAACAACUUCACUCUACCUCUAGCUCUCAAACGACGGCAUCCAAAAUACUAAAACACAGUCCUGGUUCAGCAAAGAGAAAAUUGCCUGCUAUUUCCACGGAGCGGACAACACAGUUGACCCUAACUUCCAACCACCUCUCUGCACCCAAUGCAUUCUAAUUAUCCACACAAGAAGCACUUUUAUCAAGGCAAGAAAGGAAGAGAAACUCUUGUACUGAGCAUCCAUUUACAGUAAAGCUCUUAUGAAACAACUGGAACUACAAUUGUCUACUUAAAAUAUUCAUGACUUCUCACAAAGACAAUUUUUGCAUCUUUUUUUGCAGUAUAUUUACCUUCAUUGUGACACCGUGUGGAGAUUUUGGGGUAAAAAAGUCUGUAUUUGUGUAUUAUAUAUUUAAAUGUGUUUGAUUUGGUUAUGCAUUUACCUCUCAUGAUCCUUUUAACUUUGUAUUGCUUUCAUGAAAUGUACCCAUUACAGAAUUAUCAAAUGCAAAGAUGUCUUUCUUUCUCUCUCAGUAAAAUGAAAAAAAAAGAAUAUGUAGAGUGAUUUGAAAUCAAUUUUUUUGCUGAUUACUUUAUGCUUUAAUGUGAAAUCUUUUAUACAGUGUAAUCUGCAGUUAAAAUACAGUAUCUGUUUUCUUGCAGAAAAAAAUGUAUAAAUGGCUGUCAUCACACGAUCUUUGUUUGGGUCAUUACUUGACAAAAUAAAUUUAAACCCUUUUGUUCUGAAUUUAUUACUGCAACUUAUUUCCAAUGUUUUAAAAAAAAAAUGUCAUAGCGAAUUUAAGUUCUGGAUUGUUUGUCAGAUGUACUCAAGUAACUUUGAUUAUUGAAGACAUUGUUUUUUCCUAUGCUGCAACUAUCUUCAUCCAAUAUUUUGAUUAAUGAAGAAUAAAUCUUCAGAGUCAAUAAACUACUCAAAACAAGAUAAAACAAGAUUGUAAAAUGGAAGAAAGUUAUGCUUCCAGUCAUAGUAAAAAAUGAUACCUGGUAAUAUUGUUAUAAUUAUUUGUGAGGAGUGCUUGUUGCUUCAUUCAAAAAACAAAUUAAGAACAUCUGUCAAUUUUAUAUUGAUUAAACACACAGAGAAUA